AUGUCUCCCUAUAGCACAGCCGAGGAAAUGGACCGCCUGCAGCUCUCCGACUCAGAUUCUGAAGAUCUCUGGGACUCACCUUCGAAACGCGGAAAGAAGAAAUUGAAUCAGGUCCCGAUCAAACAAGAAAGCUCCCCGCCCCCAGCCGAGGCCGACCGCGAUGACGAGACGCUUUUCGACCGUCAAGAGGCGCGGGAGGCUGCCCUCCACAACGAACUACGAAUUGUGCGAAAUGUCAACCAGGUCAUAGAGGGUCUGCUAGGCAGUCUAGACAAGGCCAAGGGAAAUAUGGAGACUGUCUCGCGUACCGUCAACUCCGCCUCUACUCUACUCAACACCUGGACGCGCAUCCUGUCUCAAACGGAACAUAAUCAGCGGGUCAUACUGAACCCCAAUUGGCAAGGCGCAUCUCAAGAUGCAGCCGAUUUGGAGAACGAGGAGCUUCUCAGGCAGCAAGCUGCAGAGAGACGGGAAAGAGAGCUCCAACAGCAAAGGGAAGCGGCGGCACGAAAGGCCGAAGAGGAUGAGCGGAAGAGGGCACAGUCAACAACCACCAGAGGCACAAGGAUCGUUUCCAGGGGCCGGGUUCGAAGCAGCGGACUGGGAAGAACGCCCAGUGUGUCGGCCGGCACAAGGACUACGUCGACGACGUCAGGCACAAAACCAUCCACAACCACUACCAGUACGCGGCGACCGGUCAGUGGGAUCGCGCGGGGACCGGGAGUGCCGCGUGGCCGGGGUAUUAGUAGACAGUGA